ACACAAUACAAACUUAAUUAUUAAUUGAUUAUUACAAAACUUGUGUGAUGGAAUACAGUGGAAUAUUUAAGGGAAAACAAUUAGAGUAUAAACAUUUUUUGGGGUGAUAAUUAUGGCGCCCAAACGUCGUUCCAGUCCAGCAGGUGGCAGCAAUCUGAACGGCCGCCAAUCACCGAAGAAGAAGAAGAAGAAACGCGUCACCGUUCAAAACAUACUCCAAGUUCCGCCUGUCUGUCCCGGCGCCGUGUGGUUCCUCAUGAAGAUGUCUCAAACUACUCCAGACAAAGACGAACAAUCGUCGGCUAACAAAAAAUCCAUCUCUCUCCCAAUUUCCAGAGUGAGGUUGAUAAUGAAGAGCUCCCCCGACGUCUCCAGCAUCAACCAGGACGCGUUGUUUCUCACCACCAAGGCGACAGAGCUGUUUGUCCAGCACCUGGCUUUGGCUUCAUUCAACAACGGCUCCGGGAAAGAAACCAACUCUCUGUCAUACACCGACCUGGCUACCACCGCGGAGGAGAAGGAGACCUUCCACUUUCUAACAGAUAUCCUGCCCAAGAAGAUCUUGGCUCGAGAUUAUCUUCAGUCUUUGGAGCAAAUGCAAGAGGAGGACGAAGCUGACUUUUAAUAAGGACAAUGGCUGCAUUUCACGUCUGGACAGAUAUUAUCAAAUGUACAUGUCCUGUUGUUCAUUAAGAGCUCUGGCAGAAGAGAAAUCCUAAACUUUCUCAAUGCUUCAAAUACACUGAGAGAGUUCACCCGUAAGGCUAAUGGAAGACGUUAAUGGACAUUGAACUGAAAGUAAAGCCACAUAGGGAAAAUGUGAAAUCAAGUGAAGACUCAAGAGAUCACAGUCAAACACGAGAACACACAGAGUCUUAAAGGAACAUAGAAGUUGUACUGUAUGUCUGAGAUAAAUACUUGAUGCAAGAAAUCUAAAUUUGUAAAAAUGGCCUAAACAAAGCAGCCUUGGACAAAUCAAAAUGCAAUCACGCCUCAAGAUUUUGACGUUUUAGGAUUGGCCCGGAUCUUAGAAGGUCUCUUGGUAGCAAUGUCUGAUAAAUUUCAUGCUCGUUUUGCAUGCACAACAAUUAGGAGGAAUGUAUUGUAUUUUUCUUAAUAACUUGCAGGCUUGUAUGGGCUAACUCCAUGUAACUGACCAUGACAUAAUAUUCCUCACAGCUGGUGCACUGAUGUCUCUGCUCUUGAGUUGCGAUUGACUUUCAAAUAUGAUUGGGUGAACACUUUAUUUUACAGAUGCUUGUCAAACAUUGAUUUCAAAGUGAAAUAUGUUGAUGUUACUGAUUCUAAGUUAAACAUUAUAGUUUUAAAAUGUAUUGUUAUGUUUUAGUUACAAAUAGUUAAUCAUAAAUACUCAAAAGUACGAAUACCUCUGUUUUUCCAUCUUAACUACAUAGCAAGUGAACAUGCUGCAUCUUUCCAAAUUAAAAUUCACAAUCGGCCCAAUAGAUGUUAAUAUUUAAAGUGUAUAUAACAGCUGACCAUCUUAUAAUCAUCAUCCUAAUGCAUUUACAAAUUAUUUGUUUAGAUUUGAUAUUAAAAUAAAAGAUUAAUUCUGUCUGA